UAUCCUGAAGACCUGUUCGAGUUUAACUACGCUAAUGACUUUGCUAUUCGCGGUUUGCACUUCGACGCUAAGCGGGGUUAUUUAAUGAAAGUGGAUGCGUAUCAUAAUAUUCAGCUGGACACAGUACACCUUGGCCUCACUCCGGUCAGUCGAGAAGAUGUUAUUAAAGCCUACGACGGCGCGUACGUACCCAGUUCCGUUUUGAAGCAUCAAUCUCACGCUGGUAACCCGGGCAUGUUUCAGAUUAUGGACUUCUUUAUGCUUCCCGAGUUCUAUCUUCUCAGUUGCGUUAUUGAAUCCUCUGUAGCCCGUGUGCACAAAUCCGGUCUUUUGGGACUGAGCAUCAUGGGCAAUCCCGAGAAGUAUAUCCACAAAGAUCCCAAUCUCUCUAACUUUUUGAACAAGUUGGUUGCCAAUGGAAAGAAGCUAUUCGUGAUAUCCAACAGCUCAGCCGCCUUCAUCCAAUUUCGACAUAUGGAUGAGUUGGGCAGUUUCAAGAAUUGGGAAGGAGUGAAAGCAUUACAUCGCGGACAUAUUUACGAUGGGGGAAGCCUUGGCGAGUUGAGAGCUUUGAAAAAUUGGAAUCCACAAAACAUCCUCUAUUUCGGUGACCAUGUGUAUUCUGAUUUAGCGGACGUGGCCAACACUCAGGGCUGGACGACGGCAGCAGUCAUCCCAGAAUUGGAACACGAAAUCACGGUGAACAAUACGAGCGAUUUUCGUUCUUGCACGGCUAAAUUGCGGGAAUUAGAACGACUAAUCAAUCACUACCAGGUUCGUACCUAUUUUGACAACUCAGGUGGCGACAGAUCUAAUUAUGUACGAUUUCAGUGUGCUUUCCAGUUUUUCUAUCAGCCCUUUCCUUCUCCUUGUCUUUCUUAA